AUGAGACACACUGUAGAUCUGAUCUGCAACAAUAAAGGGAACUGCUCUUACGAGUAUAAUCAAGAAGUUCUGUUCAACCACAUCCAAUCGGAACUCUGUAUCAACGCCAGAUACGAAAACAGAACAAUUGGAAUGAUAAAAAUCCGACAAAAACCGCUCAAAUUGGUGUGCUCGAAACACUCCUAUUCUUCACACGAGACACGAAGCACAAAAUCUUCCACAAAACAAGAUGUGCAGAGGCAGGAUCCUGUACUCAGAACAGGUGUAGCCAACAAAUAUCCGGGAUACUCUGCUUGUGAGCAUACUUGCGGUGGACUAUUAUGUGGAUGCUUUCUGCCUGUACAAGCAUGUUCAUUCAUCAGGGUUGCCCAGAUACCGAUAUCAAAACCAGUGUAUGAGGUCGGAAUUCACUCUCAUGCCUACGUCACACAAUCGCAUGAAGAGAUAGCUCUCACAGUGAUAUCAAUUCAGAGACCAAGCUCAUCCCUUUUCGAUCAACGCUUUGCAAUCUCACAGGAAGAAGCUUUAGUAAUUCCUAACAACUUUGAGCUACCAGUGCGCUGCCCUACGGCGAACAUAGCAGCAAAAAACUUUGCCAACUGCAGUAACCAGAUGGUAUGUAACUGCAAUAGCUACAAAACGCCACAAUCUUGUCAUUGUCCACAACAAGCAAUAAGGGACAUUAGAGCAGAGAUAGAAAAUCGGCUGCCAAUAUACACUCCAUCUGUAGAUCUAAGCUAUGACGAUAUGCAGAUUUACGCUCACUCCACGAAGAGCGAGGUAACCCUUGCCAUCAAAUCAAGCUUACUGAUCAGUAGUGCAGAAUUCAUCAUGGAACAAUGA